AGAUCUAGUGACGCUGUGUCCUGUCGCUGGAUACCGCGACACUCCGCGGUUCGCGUUUGAUUCAUAUCAAAUAUUUUACAGUUUAAUAGAAAGAUAUCGGUGAAAAUGUCAACUUUACCGCACAGUAAGAAGCGGGUCUGCUACUAUUAUGACAGUGAUAUUGGAAAUUAUUAUUAUGGACAAGGACAUCCUAUGAAACCACAUCGUAUAAGGAUGACACAUAAUUUACUCCUAAAUUAUGGUCUUUAUAGGAAAAUGGAAAUAUAUCGACCUCAUAAAGCUACCGCAGAUGAAAUGACAAAAUUCCAUAGCGAUGAAUAUAUCAGAUUUUUAAGAUCAAUAAGGCCUGACAAUAUGUCAGAGUAUAACAAACAAAUGCAACGAUUUAAUGUAGGAGAGGAUUGCCCCGUUUUUGAUGGAUUAUAUGAGUUUUGUCAAUUAUCAGCUGGAGGCUCCGUAGCUGCUGCUGUAAAACUUAACAAACAAGCCUCAGAAAUUUGUAUAAAUUGGGGCGGUGGUUUACAUCAUGCCAAAAAAAGUGAAGCUUCUGGCUUUUGUUAUGUAAAUGACAUUGUGUUAGGAAUAUUGGAAUUGCUCAAAUAUCAUCAAAGAGUCUUAUAUAUUGAUAUUGAUGUCCAUCAUGGGGACGGUGUAGAAGAAGCUUUUUAUACUACCGACAGAGUAAUGACAGUUUCUUUUCAUAAAUAUGGUGAAUAUUUUCCUGGUACUGGCGAUUUGCGUGAUAUUGGUGCAGGAAAGGGAAAAUAUUAUGCAGUUAAUAUACCAUUGAGAGAUGGUAUGGACGAUGAAAGUUAUGAAUCAAUAUUUGUACCUAUAAUUUCAAAAGUAAUGGAAACUUUUCAGCCUUCCGCGGUUGUUUUACAAUGUGGUGCCGAUUCAUUAACAGGAGAUCGAUUAGGUUGUUUCAAUUUAACAGUGAGGGGUCAUGGAAAAUGUGUUGAAUUUGUAAAAAAAUAUAAUCUACCUUUUUUAAUGGUUGGUGGCGGCGGAUACACGAUCAGAAAUGUAUCUAGAUGUUGGACAUACGAAACAUCGGUAGCUCUUGGCUCUGAAAUUGCGAACGAAUUACCUUAUAAUGAUUAUUUUGAAUAUUUUGGACCCGAUUUUAAAUUGCAUAUUAGUCCUUCAAAUAUGGCAAAUCAAAAUACGCCUGAAUACCUUGAAAAAAUUAAGACAAGAUUAUUUGAAAAUUUGCGAAUGUUACCUCAUGCUCCGGGUGUACAAGUUCAACCAAUUCCAGAAGAUGGAGCAGUUAUUGAAGAUUCAGAGGCAGAGGAAAAAGUAAAUCCGGACGAGAGAUUACCACAACGAGAUUUAGAUAAAAGGAUACAACACGAAAAUGAAUAUAGUGAUAGCGAAGAAGAGGGAGAAGGCGGUAGAAGGGAUAAUAGGUCGUUCAAGGGUUCUAGAAAACGACCUCGUCUAGAAAAAGGACAAGAAGGUAUAGAAAGUGAUCUCAAAAAAGAAGAAGACAUAAAGUCGGAACCUAAAGAAAAUGAAAAGGAUGAAAAAACAAAUGCUACGAACGAGGAAACAAAGAAGGAUGCUGGAGCGAAUCCCUGAUAAACGGUUUUUGUUUUGGAAUAUUUAAAAAAUUUGGAAAAAUCCUUAUUUAAAUCAAGUAUAAAUAAGUGUAGGUAACUUAAGUAAAAACAAAAAAAAAAGCGUAUGAUGUACAGAUGUUCGCUGCCUCGAACUCGGUAUACGAUUCUAAAACAUCAUUAUGUCAUUAUUAUUUUGUUUAAAAAGCAUGUACUUCGAUAGAAUAGUCGAUAUAUGUCGAUUGAAUUCGUGGCACGCGACAUUAUUAUCAUGUACACGUAUGGCCGUGUAAUCGACAAUGCAAACGCUCUACACUUUUGAUUAUUAUCUCGUUAAAUUUUCAAAUAUAUCCCGAAGUUAGUUCUUGUAAUAUUUUUGAAAUCAUGUAAAGAGCGAUAUCUUGAAUAAUUAGUCAAAUUUUAUGAUCAAGUUAAAGUCUUAACAUUCACAUAUAACAAGCAUAACUAGUCAAAUGAAAUAAAUAGAUAUCUUGAGAAAAAAUUUUCAUAUCGAUAAAAACUGCACAUUUUAUAGCUAUUGUUUGAAGUUUCUACCAAGAUCAUAAAAUAAAGACAGAUUUUCAAGAUAUUUACAUUUAUUGGAUAGCACGUUCUGAGGAAUCGUGCAAAAAUAUACAAGUCCUAAUAUUUUGGACGAUCGAAUUCUUUAGCUUAUUCAUUAUUUACAAGGAUUUUGAUUAAACGCUUUACUGAAAACCAUUUUUAUUCGAAAUAGAUACGUUUAUACCAUAAACAAGUAUUAUGAAUUAACAAAUUUUUUUUAUCAUUCUUGUACAUAACGUAAAAUCAGAUUUAAACGAAAUUCUACAUGCAAUACUAAAUAAUAAUAAGAAUAAUAAUUAUAGUAAUAAUAACAGUAACAACAACAUUCUUUUUCAUAUGUAAAGUAUAUUAUUUUAUACGUGAAAAAUUGAAUGAUCAGUGAAGAAAGUAUGAAAAAGUUAGGACGGUUGAUGAAUAUAUUGAAUUCAAGUAUAACUCUAGAAUUUUAAUCGUAAAUUAAGAAAAAGUAGUUAUUAAGAGUUGAAAAUUAUGUACGUGACAAAGUCGAUUUAUAUCUGUACACUGUGAGGUCGCCAAACACUCUCGUUCAAAGGAAAAAAGAGGAAACAGAAGUCUCACUAACAUGUCUACAAAAUUGUUACCCUCCAAUUAUAUUAGUUUAAACGUUUGUACGAGAGUAAAUAUACAUUAAUUUUGUGUACAUAAAAUUUAACUUCAUGCACCUCAACAAUAUUUUAAAAACAGAUGAAAUUCGGCUAGUUACACGAUGACAGAUAAUUAAUCGAAAGAGAAAUGUGUCUAUUUAUCUAGUUGUAAUUAAGAAUUUAACUUUACUGUAAUUAAUUAUCCACAAGAUGAAAAA